AUGUCUCUACUACCUCUGCAGAUCGCCGAUAUCUUCCCAACUAUCCCUGCCACUGUCAGCGCCAUCAUUUCCUCGUUUAGCAAAUGGGAUGCUUGUCCGAUUUACCAGCAAUCCAGGAAGGGGGGGAUGUCAACAGGCAAAUUCGAAGUUAACAUGCCACUAGCAGAUUCGUUCAUUAAUUAG